AUGUCAAGUUUGGUUCCACGGUUUGUUCGCAGCGCCAGAAAGCCAGCUGUUCGCCGCAACCCCCGAAUAUACCCUCCAACAAAAGGUAUCUUUGUACUUACAUGUGAUUUUCAGGCAAACUUCUGCGUACAUCUUCUUCGAACCACAUUUGCCCUGAAAUCUCCCGAAUCCUCUCCGGAAAUUGUUUCGGAGCAGGCCUUCGAUCCCUCGCUAGUUUUGAUAAACGACGAAUGGAACCGGGAGACUAAAAAGCUUCGCGAGGAAUACUUCGUUUCGCAUUUUUCCGAAAAGAUAAUGGAACAUCUUACUAAGCGCCAGGACUAUGACGACAAAGAAAACGCACGCGUUGAGAAACUGAAAGAGAAGAUGUUGUCUAUGCUCGAAGGGGCAGACCGUAUGAUUACCAUUGAAAAUAUUGACUCCAGAUUAGACGAAGUUAUGCACUCCCAACCUCUGGACUUCAACUAUGCGAUCGAUAACUCUGGAAGGCCAGUAAAAUCUUCGAAGCCCUCCGCGGACAGUUAG